AUGGUACGCCAUCUUUUGCUUGUUACCUGCGCAGCAGGCUUUAGCCUAGCUUCAAAGGUUGUAAAGCGCCAAUCUCAGACUGCUACUGUGAAUCUGAGUCACAUGCAAGGAGCACCCCAGCACUUUGCAUCUGGAUUCCUCUACGGCAUCCCGGAUACCCCAAAUCAGAUUCCCGCACAUUUCUACAGCGAAAUUGCAUUCAAUUAUGGAAGAGCUGGAGGCGCUCAACUCCCGGCCAAGGGUUAUAUGGAUGGUGUAGAUCAGUAUCGGCCUCGUUUCGCUUCAAUGUUAUCUAAUUAUAAUACUUGCCGCCAAUUUGGUGCCGAGUUCAUUAUCCUCCUUCAUGAUUUAUGGGGAGCAGAUGGCUUCCUCAACCAGGUUGUCUCUGAUAUGCGAGCCAAUAAUAUGACGACUGCCAUCAAGGUAGAUAUCUGGAAUGAAGCGGAUGGCGGUGGCUUCUGGCUCCGAGACCGAAGUCAAUUCAUGGACAUGUACGCCAGGACGCAUAAUACGCUGCGGAGUAUUCUUCCCGAGGCGCAAAUAUUCGGACCUACGUUUACGGGACAGCCAGACCCAAAUAACGUCUGGUGGACUGAUUGGUUGAGCAUGAUUGGAUCACAAAAUGUGAUUCCCGAUACAUAUUGUUGGCAUUUAAUUCGUCAAUCAGGAGGAUCUGGUGGCGACGAUAUCACUUUCUCAAGGGGCGUCUUUGAGCAGUUGCUGCAACAAUUUGGUCUUCCAGACCGUCCAAUCAACAUUGAUGAAUACGGCUCUCCAGAAGAGCAGGUUCCAGCCAGUUCCGCUUGGUUUAUGGCCCGUUUCGAGCGUAACAAUAUCCACGGUCUCAGAUCUGUUUGGACGGGUGGUCCAUCUUUGCACGACUUCAUGACCGAUCUACUGGGCAGGACGGGUGACGGCGUUUACUUUCCCGCUGAAUCGACUCCAUCCGCCGACGGCUUCUUUGAUGUAUACGCGACUGCAAGCGAUCGAGUGAGAAUCCUUGGCUCAGCCCAUACGGAAACCGGAUCUUACACUAUCAACGUGGAUGGAAUGGCCGAUUUUGGCUUUGAUACCCAUGGCACGGUCAACGUCCAAACGCGAGAGUUUCCAUUUGCCGGCCUUCGCGGAGAGGUAGAUGGGCCAAUUGAUCAUGGCGUCACCCAGAUAUCAUUUCAAAACAACCAGCUAGUCAUACCGGCUACAAUUGCAGUAAAUACCAGCGCCUACGCCUGGGAGGUUUUUCGCAUUUGA